ACUGGCUGGAGAGAAAGUUAACUGUAGUGCGUGCCCGUUACCGCGAGACGCGCGCAGCCGCACUCAGUCCGCGCCGGCCAGCCUCGCGCCUCACUGCACCACCGCCGCGCGCGCCGGCCGUGCUUGCUUAGCUUUAUCUUACGAGCCCGCAAAAACAUAACAGAAAGUGACAGUGAUCAACAAAAAGUUUAUCCAGAAAGUUGUAAAUACAGUGUGUGUAGUGACUGAGGCUCAUGAGACCUGUGUGAGAGGUCACGGUGUGAAAGUGCAACGGCCGGAACAAAGGAUCAUUGCUAUGACGUUCUCUGGAAAUAUGAAGGAGAGUAAACCGCGAUCCGGGAAAGACGCAUGGGAGUCCGAGCUGGAAUAUGGAUGGUCACGGAAUGGCAACCAGCGGUGUGUGCGACACCGUGCGCCGGAGUCGACGAUGUCAGUGAGCAGUGACAUUAGAUUCACACGGCGCAAGCUGAGCCGGCCCUGCCGCGGUUGCUGUGCUGCGCUUGCGUCGCUACUUGUGCUACUGCUGCUCGCUGCAGUUGCAGUAUACCUUGGACACAUGUACCUGUUUGGCGAUCCCCUUAACCGGCAGACGUUCCGGGGCUCGUUCGUCGUAAGCUCGUGGGGAGUCGGCGAGGUCGAGAAGGGCAACGACCUUGAACCCAGAACCAACAAGACACGUGAAAAUGAACUGCAACAGGCGCUAUACAACUUAUAUUUGAAUUCCGAAUUGAAGUCGUGUUUUGUUUCUGCUGACAUACUGGCUUUGGACAGUUCAGAAGAAGGCAUGCGUGUACACUUCGAGGUUUCUUUCGAGCCGAUCUUCACUGCCGUAAGCACAGCCGAAGUGACGGCAGUAUUGGCUCGGGAACUCACGGAGCCGACUGCAUACUUCAACAAAAUAACCACGCUGCCAGAGACACUACAUAUCGAGGUGAGUGGAUCAGUUAACACCUUAUAA